CGGACAUUGGUCUCUCUUCUCUCCUUCUCCUUCUCACCGGGUGCUGGGUGGCAUUCACCGUUCCUCUCACGUCUUUAUCAACUCAAUUCUACCUCUUGGGGAACCUUUCUCCCUUUGAUUCACCUCUCCCCUCUCUUUCCUCCCCCCUCAAUGAGGUCCGGGAAGCUGUCCGGUAUCCGCACCCUUCUCCGUGCCGGCCUUCUACGAUGUGGCUAGACCGCAUUGCUGGCCAUUCGACUCCCUCGGGCCCCCAGGUUGACAGUCGCAGCAACUCCCCUCAUCCCCCCCGAAGGACAUCCUCUCGCUUGUCGCCGAACAUACAAAAGAAUCGUGCCGGACCCAGUCGACAAACUUCCUCCUUAUCCGUCCUCUUGACUCCCAGUGAUUCGACCACCUCCCUUCCCGCAACCGCACGCGGUGACAGACCGCCGUUGAGACAAAUCGCUGCAAGAUCCCGCCCUUCCGAUGUUGCUGACCCCCUCGAUGUUCUGAAUGGCAUUCUGGGGAAGCAAAAUGCCGACCGGGACUCAUCUCCUGAUGUUGACUCCGACUUCAAGCUUGCGGAACUCGUGGAAGACAUUGACUUCCAAGGGCUGAGCUUAGAGGAUUUUGUCUCCAAGAAGGAUGAACCUAGACGAAUCAUCAGCACUGAUCUCGGUGCUCAAACCGUUCAGCAAUUCGAACGAGAACAGAACAAGUUUCAAGAUCUACAUUCGGCAAUCACCAGUUGUGACGAAGUCUCGAGCUCGAUGGAGACAUAUUUGAACGAUUUCCAGAAUGAACUCGGGGCUGUUUCGGCAGAGAUCGAGACUCUGCAGUCUCGCUCAAUUCAAUUGACUGCAAUGUUGGAAAACCGACGCAAUGUUGAACAGCUCCUUGGCCCUGCUGUGGAGGAGAUCAGUAUCUCCCCCAAAACAGUGAAGUUGAUUGCCGAGGGACCGAUCGAUGAGAAUUGGGUCAAGGCGCUCAAUGAGAUGGAAACUCGCUCGGCAAGCAUUGAGGCCAAAGCCUUGGGCUCUAGCAGCACAAAAUCCGUCGAGGACGUACGGCCGCUUCUCACGGACAUCAAGAACAAGGCAGUGGAAAGAAUCAGGGACUACCUGGUGUCUCAAAUCCGAGCGCUACGGUCUCCCAACAUCAAUGCUCAGAUCCUCCAGCAGCAGCGACUGGUGAAAUUCAAAGAUCUAUACAGCUAUAUCUCCAGGGCCCACCCAGAACUUACGGGGCAAAUCACACAAGCUUAUAUCAACACUAUGCGAUGGUACUAUUUGUCGCACUUCACACGAUAUCGUCAAGCGCUCGAGUCGAUCAAGGUUUACCCCAGUGAUCGGAAUGAGGUUCUAGGAGGAGACCCGUCAGCUCACAAAACAGGCUCUGCUGUUGCCGGCAGUCGCGCAGGAUCUGCAGCACACGACCCAUUUUCCCUAGGAAGGAGGGUAGACAUCUUGCGGGCUGGUGCUCAGAUUGCCAUCUCUUCUUAUCUAGCAGAGGAAGAUAACUCCUUCCAUGGCCUUGAAGUGCCAUUCCGCAAUUUCAAUCUUGCCGUUGUGGAUAAUGUAUCUGCCGAAUACUCCUUCAUGACCGAGAUGUUCUCGACAUUAACUUUCCAGCAAAUUUCGCGCAAAGCGGUCGAGAUCUUCGAACCAGUCUUUGGUUUGGGGCAGACCCUGACAAAGCAGCUGAUCGAACACACAACGGACGCGCUGGGGGUCUUGAUCUGCGUUCGAUUAAACCAGCACGCCGCUUUUGAGUUGCAGCGUCGCAAGGUCCCCGUUGCCGACUCUUAUAUCAACGGAGUGAACAUGCAGUUAUGGCCGCGAUUCCAGGUCAUCAUGGACACCCAAUGCGAAUCAUUGAAACGAGUGGCCGCGAAUACGGGUCGUAGUGCGGUAUCCGCCCUGUCCUUGGCCGGGGGUGACGAUCUGAACAAGUCGUCAGCGCCUCAUUUCCUCACGCAGCGGUUUGGCCAGCUGCUGCAUGGGGUAUUGGUUCUCAGCAGUGAUGCAGGAGAUGAUGAACCCGUGGCCAACAGCUUGAAGCGCUUGACAGCUGAGUUUGACAACCUUCUGACGAAGCUCAGCCGUAUCGGCGGUGAUGCAAAGAGACGGGAGAGAUUUCUUUACAACAAUUACUCGCUUGUUCUGGCUAUAAUUAGUGAUACCCAAGGUAAAUUAGCGAUUGAGCAGAAACAGUCUGCAAGCCUCCCUUUCCCUCUCUUGCGCCGGCGCGGCUUCUCCAGCACGGGCGCUGCCCGCGCCGACGUCACUCAUGCGGUCAUAGGCGGUGGAGUGGUUGGACUCGCCGUUGCGCGCGAAUUAGCCGGUCGCGAGGGGACGUCGACGAUUUUGCUGGAGCGGCAUGAUGCGCCGGGGACGGAGACGAGUAGUCGGAAUUCUGAGGUCAUCCAUGCAGGACUAUACUACGGCACCGACACCCUCAAGGCCAAGCUCUGUAUCCAAGGCAAGGAGAUGCUCUACGACCUGUUGCAGCGACAGGGGCUCCCGUACCGCAACACGGGGAAAUGGCUGGUGGCGCAGGACGAAACCGAACGAGACUCGCUGGAGCGGAUGCACGAGCACGCGCAGCGCAUCGGGGUGCCGACGCGGUUUCUGAGCCGGCAGGAGAUCGAGCGGCGGGAGCCCGAGGUGCGGGCGCUGGCGGGGGUGCUCGAGAGCUCGACGACGGGCAUCUUCGACAGCCACAGCCUGAUCACGUACCUGCAGGGGGACCUGGAGCACCGCGGCGGCGACUGCGCGUUCCUGACGCGGGUGACGGGGCUGCGGCACCUGGGCCCCGGCCAGGGCUACGAGAUCACGGCGGUGUCGGCCGACGGGGCGGAGACCUCCAUCACGGCAGAGACGGUGGUGAACAGCGCCGGCCUCGGCGCGUGUGCGGUCAGCAACAUGCUGCUGCCCGCGGAGCGGCACCGCACGAUGCACUACGCCAAGGGGACCUAUCUCUCGUACGCGGCCUCGUUCCCCAAGACCUCCGUGCUGGUGUACCCCGCCGUGACGAAGGCGCAGGCCGGCCUGGGCAUCCACCUGACUCUGGACAUGGGCGGCCAGAUCCGGUUCGGCCCCGACUCCGAGUGGGUGGAUAGCCCGGAUGACCUGGCGCCCAACCCAGCCCGGCUCGAGCCGGCGCUGCCUCUGAUCAAGAAAUAUCUUCCGAACGUGGAUGUCACCGCGAUCAGUGUGUCGUACUGUGGAAUCCGGCCCAAGUUGAAUAAGGACAGCGGUUCCUCCUUCGGCUCAUCGAAAGUCUGGCAGGACUUUGAGAUCCAGGAGGAGGAAGGAUUCCCGGGUUUUAUCAAUCUGUUGGGCAUUGAGAGCCCUGGAUUGACCAGUAGUUUGGCCAUUGGGAAGAUGGUGAAGGAAAUGCUUUACUAGGGAGGGUAGAGUGGUACAUGUCUAUAGAUAAGGCGAAACCAGUUGUAGAUACAUAAACUCAGGCUAUACAGCAAGCGAUGGAAGUGAUGGAAGAAUAAACGGAUAGUCUUACAAAGGAAUUGGCAGCCAAG